UUGGCGUUGGUUUGACAGAACGCACGUUAAAACUAUCGCAAUUAAAAUGUUGUCUAAAGAAGCGGUUGAAGUCAUUUUAAUUGCACUAAUGAUGUACGAGACUCGCGAAUGUUUGCGAAAAAUAAAUUCCCGCCGGGAGUCUUGGGUGAGACCACUUUACUUAAGUCGGGAUAUCAAUGGACUAUUUGCAUCAAGUUUUGAAGAAAUGUAUAAUAAUGACACUGAGCAGUUCAAAAAAACGGUUAGAAUGAGCAGAACGAUGUUUGACCAUCUCCUCGGACUUGUAGGAGAGCGUCUUACUAAGCAUUCCAAUAGGCCAUCAAUACCUGCCGCAUUAAGACUCUUUUUAACUUUGAAUUAUUUAGCACAUGGAGGUAGUCAGCACAUGCUCGCCAUAUCAUAUAAAAUGGGACGCUCCACGGCAAAUAAAAUCGUUUUGAAAACAUGUGAGGUUCUUUGGGAUGAACUGGGUGGCAUAUACUUGUCUAUACCAAACCGACAUGAAUGGAAACGUAUUGCAAACGAUUUCAAUUCGAUUUGGAACUUUCCCAAUUGUGUAGGUGCUAUUGACGGAAAGCACAUAAUAUUAAAGUGCCCUCCUAGCUCGGGAUCCUUAUUUUACAACUACAAGGGAACAUACUCCAUCGUACUUUUGGCAUGUUGCGAUGCUAAUUACACGUUUACCUGCAUCGAUAUUGGUGCAUAUGGCUCUCAAAGUGAUGGUGGUGUAUUGUGCAAUUCGAGCUUUGGGAGAAGACUUUUCAACAACCAAUUAGACCUUCCCGAGGAUGAUAUUCUGCCACACUCCACCCUUAGAUUUCCUCAUUUUUUUGUUGGAGAUGCAGCAUUUCCCUUAAAAAGCUAUAUUAUGCGACCAUAUCCUAUUGAAAUUUUAUUCGUUUUUCUAAACAUACAUAUACGCUUUUUAGGAAUACGUUUGUCGCCUGACCACGAACUUUUCAAUAAGCGUCUUUCAAGAGCUCGGCGCGUUAUAGAAAACGCGUUUGGAAUUAUGACAACUCGCUGGAGAAUUCUUCUGUCCCCAUUGCAAAUGCAUCCAACGAGUGCCGAGAGCAUUGACAAAGCAACAGUGCUAUUACAUAACUUUUUAAAAAUGCACGAUGGCACUUAUUGCCCACCAGAAUUUGUCGACCAAUACCAAGGAGACAAUAUUGUCGGUGGUUUAUGGCGACAGGAAAUUACAACGCCCCUUCGACGAACUGGUCGAUUAAUGGCGAACAAUGCCGCCAGAAGUGCUUUCAAUUUGAGGGAUCAGUUAAAAGACUACAUAACCGCGCACCCUAUUAAUUAA